AUGCCAGACUCCUACCUCGCCCGUGUUCGCAAGCUCCCCCGCGCGCCAGCACCAAACGACCGCCCGGAGGACAUCAAGGGCAACCUGUCGCUCGAGAUGCGCCAGCUCGCGGUCAACUUCAUGCGCUUUGCCAUCGCAGACUUUCCUGGCAGUGAUGUGUUCGGGCACGUGUUCCUGCGCGACAUGCGCCUCACGGAGAUCUACCUCCGCCGCGCAGCGAUGGGUGGGCAGGCCGAGCUCGUCGCUGAAGAUGUGUCUUUGGAGACGCUGCGUGGCGUGCCGCUGGAGGUGCAGCUUGUAUGCGAGCUCCAGGUGCGGAAGGACAUGCUGAACCUACACGGCGUUCUCGCCGGGGCAGCUUCUGCGCAUCUCAUCGAACUGUGA